AUGGAAACCAAUCAAAAAUGUGCGGAUGGACUCACGGGAACACAGAAAGAAGCUGCGCUGCGCGAUCUCAUCCAGCGCACGGGAUAUCACAUACAUCAGGAAAAUGGGCAGAGGAGAUAUGGUGGUCCACCUCCUGGUUGGGAAGGUCCACCUCCAGAGAGAGGCAGUGAGAUCUUUGUUGGAAAGCUUCCUAGAGAUCUUUUUGAGGAUGAACUGGCGCCACUGUGUGAAAAAUUUGGCAAAAUUUAUGAAGUACGGAUGAUGAUGGAUUUCAAUGGCAACAAUCGAGGUUACGCCUUUGUCACCUUUUCCACAAAACAAGAGGCGAAAAACGCCAUGAAACAACUUAACAACUACGAAAUCAGGAACGGGAGACUUCUGGGUGUGUGUGCAAGCGUAGACAACUGCCGACUGUUUGUGGGCGGCAUUCCCAAAACCAAAAAGAGGGAAGAGAUCCUGUCGGAGAUGAAGAAGGUGACGGAUGGUGUCACAGACGUCAUCGUUUAUCCGAGCGCUGCGGACAAGACCAAGAACCGAGGCUUUGCCUUCGUGGAGUAUGAGAGCCAUAGAGCUGCUGCAAUGGCCAGGAGGAAAUUACUGCCAGGGAGAAUUCAGCUGUGGGGUCACGCUAUCGCUGUAGACUGGGCAGAACCUGAAGUGGAGGUAGAUGAGGACACCAUGUCCACAGUGAAAAUCCUGUAUGUCCGUAACCUGAUGUUGGCCACCACUGAGGAGACCAUCGAGAAAGAGUUCAACAACAUUAAACCAGGAGCCGUUGAACGUGUGAAGAAGAUCAGAGACUACGCUUUCGUUCAUUUCUCCCAGAGGGAAGACGCCAUCAGUGCAAUGAAUGCUUUGAACGGAAAGGUCAUAGACGGCUCUCCCAUUGAGGUCACACUAGCCAAGCCUGUGGAUAAAGACAAUUACGUUCGAUACACCCGAGGCACGGGGGGUCGUGGAGCGGCUCUGCUGCAAGGAGACUACACUUACACUGUGGGACAAAUGUACGACCCGUCCGCUGCCUAUCUGGGCGCUCCCAUCUUUUACGCUCCCCACUCGUACGCAGCCAUCCCCAAUCAGUUUCGAUUCCCAGGUAUCAAAGGGCCCGUAAGCACCCGAGGGCUGGUGAGGUCACCCUCAGUGAGAGACAUUUACAUGAAUGUACCUGUAGGGGCAGCGGGCGUGCGUGGUUUGGGUGGGCGAGGAUACCUCGCUUACACAGGUGUGGGACACGGGUGCACCACGUACCAACUCAAGACAGACAAACGCCCCGAUGACAAACUCUAUGAUCUUCUCCCGGGCAUGGAGCUCACGCCCAUGACCCCUGUUACCCUGAAGCCCCAAGGCAUCAAACACGCCCCACAGAUCUUGGAGGAUAUUUGUCAAAAGAACAACUGGGGUCAACCUGUUUACCAGCUUCACUCUGCUAUCGGACCAGAUCAGAGGCAACUUUUUCUUUACAAAGUCACCAUCCCUGCUCUAGCUUCUCAGUAUCCAAAUAUACACCCGUUCACGCCCGCCAAGAUCUGCGCUUCGAUGGAUGAGGCGAAGCUUCACGCGGCCGAGCACACCCUGCAGAUCCUUGGUCUGCAGACAGAGGGCGCUGACGCCUCCACCGCUGCUUUCCCAGGUUAUACAAUCACCAGCACUGCCGGUCCGCUGAAACAGGCUGUUUCUCUGGGUCAGGAUCUGACCGCAUAUGCCACCUAUGAGGGUUACCCGGCCUUCGCUGUGGCCACCCGCGGGGACGCAUACGGAGUGUUUUAA